AUGGCCCGGCGCUGCCCGGUGCUGCCCCUCGCCCUGCUGGGGCUCGGCAUCGCCCUGGCCCGGCCCGCGGCGGCGGCGGCCCCAGGAGAGCCCGUGGAUGUGCUGAAGAUCCUCCAGCUCCAGUCCCUGCCCGAAGGCGUCAAGAAGGUGCCGGGUUUCUGCUCCCAACGCGGCGCCGGCUCCGACGUCGCCUACCGGAUAACGCGGCAGGCGCAGCUCAGCGCGCCCACCCGGCAGCUCUUCACCGGUAAAUUCCCGGAGGAUUUCUCCAUCAUGGCGUUGGUGAAAGCCAAACCCGGCGUCCAGGCGUUCCUCCUCUCCAUCUACAACCAGGACGGCGUCCAGCAGCUGGGCGUGGAGCUCGGCCGCUCGCCCGUCUUCCUCUACGAGGACCAACACGGCCGCCCGCCCCCCGAGGAUUAUCCCCUUUUCCGGGGCAUCGAUUUGGCCGACGGCAAGUGGCACCGGGUGGCCCUGAGCGUCAACCGACGGUCGGUGACGCUGUUGGUGGAUUGUCGGCAGCGGGAGACGCGACCCCUUCCCCGCAGCGCCCGACCCCUCCUCGACACCCGCGGCAUCACCGUGUUCGGCACCCGUAUCCUCGACGAGGAGGUUUUUCAGGGUGACAUCCAGCAGCUGCUCAUCGCCGCUGACCCGCAAGCGGCGUACGACUACUGCGAGCACUACGGGCCCGGCUGCGUCGCGGCGGCGGCCGGUGGCCCCCAGGCGCAGGAACCCCCCCGGCAGCGGCAGGAGUACUCCGAGGAGGCUGUGGAGUACUACGAGUACCCCUACUACUACACUAAUAGCGAGGACGGGCCCCCCCCGGGGGGGGUCCCCGAAAAGGAUGGGGGGCUACACCCCACGGAGGAGCCCUGGGGGGCCACCCCCUACCCGGAUUACGCCCCGGGACCCCCCCAGGACCCCGACGGUGCCUCCUGGGAGGAGACGGGGCCGACGCAGGAGGAGGAGGAGGAGGAGGAUGGGGGGCCCGGCCGGGCGUAUGAGUAUGUCUAUACGGACCACCCCGAGGAGCUGGGCGCUGUGCGCGGCGUCAGGGGCUACAAGGGCGAGAAGGGCGAACCCGCCGUCCUCGAACCGGGCAUGUUGGUGGAGGGUCCCCCCGGCCCCGAGGGACCUGCGGGCAUGUCGGGACCACCGGGCACCCAGGGACCCCCGGGAGCCCCGGGAGAGCCCGGCGAGAGGGGCCCCCCCGGCCGUGCCGGCCUCCCCGGCUCCGACGGGACCCCCGGACCCCCCGGCACCUCCAUGAUGCUGCCGUUCCGCUUCGGGAGCGGCGGCGGUGACAAGGGUCCGGUGGUGGCGGCACAGGAGGCGCAGGCUCAGGCCAUCCUGCAGCAAGCCCGGCUGGCCCUGCGGGGCCCCCCCGGACCCAUGGGGUACACCGGCCGCCCCGGACCCAUGGGGCAGCCCGGCAGCACCGGUAUGAAGGGGGAAUCCGGAGACUUCGGCCCCCAGGGUCCCCGAGGUCCUCAGGGCCUGACCGGACCCCCGGGAAAGCCUGGCCGGAGGGGCCGACCGGGAGCUGACGGUGCACGGGGAAUGCCCGGCGAUCCCGGGGUUAAGGGUGACCGCGGCUUCGACGGGCUGCCAGGGCUGCCGGGUGACAAAGGCCACCGGGGUGAAACUGGUUCGCAGGGGAUGCCGGGACCCCCCGGCGAGGAUGGCGAGAGGGGUGACGACGGAGAGGUGGGACCCCGAGGACUCCCCGGAGAAGCGGGACCCAGAGGUCUGCUCGGCCCCAAAGGCCCCCCAGGAAUCCCCGGCCCCCCGGGCGUGCGUGGCAUGGACGGUCCCGUCGGUCCCAAGGGGAACCUGGGGCCCCAAGGGGAGCCCGGACCCCCCGGUCAACAGGGGACCCCAGGAACCCAGGGUCUCCCGGGACCACAAGGCGCCACGGGACCUCCUGGAGAGAAGGGUCCCCAAGGGAAACCCGGCUUACCCGGCAUGCCCGGCUCCGAUGGACCCCCCGGCCACCCCGGGAAGGAGGGACCCCCCGGCACCAAGGGCAACCAGGGCCCCUCGGGUCCCCAGGGACCCAUCGGCUACCCAGGCCCACGCGGUGUCAAGGGAGUGGACGGCAUCCGGGGGCUGAAAGGUCACAAGGGUGAGAAGGGCGAGGAAGGCUUCCCCGGCUUCAAGGGGGACAUGGGUGUGAAAGGAGACCGGGGCGAAGUCGGCGUUCCGGGCUCCCGGGGUGAAGACGGACCCGAAGGUCCCAAGGGGCGGACGGGACCCACCGGUGACCCCGGACCCAUCGGGCUGGUCGGAGAGAAGGGGAAGCUGGGAGUGCCAGGCCUGCCCGGCUACCCGGGACGUCAGGGUCCCAAGGGAUCGCAGGGUUUCCCCGGAUUCCCGGGCAGCAACGGCGAGAAGGGCGCGCGGGGUCUGUCCGGCAAAUCGGGGCCCAGGGGCGAGCGUGGCCCCACGGGUCCCAGGGGCCAGCGGGGACCACGAGGAGCCACCGGAAAAUCAGGGGCGAAGGGCACAUCUGGCAGCGACGGUCCCCACGGCCCCCCAGGCGAACGGGGCCUGCCAGGACCGCAGGGACCCAACGGCUUCCCAGGACCCAAAGGACCCCCCGGCCCCCCCGGCAAGGACGGGCUCCCUGGGCACCCCGGACAACGAGGAGAAGUCGGCUUCCAAGGCAAGACCGGCCCCCCCGGCCCCCCAGGGGUGGUGGGACCUCAGGGAGCUGCUGGCGAGUCCGGCCCCAUGGGGGAGAGAGGCCACCCGGGCCCCCCCGGCCCCCCGGGAGAACAAGGGCUACCGGGACCAUCCGGCAAAGAGGGCACCAAGGGAGACCCCGGCCCCAUUGGCUCCCCUGGGAAGGACGGUCCCGCCGGCUUGCGGGGUUUCCCCGGUGAGCGGGGUCUGCCCGGCACCCCGGGUGGCCCAGGGCUGAAGGGCAACGAGGGACCGGCGGGACCCCCAGGACCCGCAGGCUCCCCUGGGGAGAGAGGUGGCCCGGGGCAAGGUGGUCCCGUUGGCCCCCCAGGACGACCGGGACCUCAGGGACCACCGGGCCCCGCCGGAGAGAAAGGAGUUCCCGGUGAGAAGGGCCCCAUGGGUCCCGCUGGCCGGGAUGGCGUUCAGGGUCCGGUGGGUUUGCCUGGCCCAGCUGGCCCCCCCGGCGGCCCUGGGGAGGACGGUGACAAGGGCGAGGUGGGCGAACCAGGACAGAAGGGCAGCAAAGGCAACAAGGGCGAGCACGGUCCUCCUGGUCCCCCCGGGCCCAUCGGGUCCGUCGGGCAGCCCGGAGCUGCCGGUGCCGACGGGGAACCGGGUGCCAGAGGUCCCCAGGGACACUUCGGGGCCAAGGGCGACGAGGGGACGCGGGGCUUCAACGGACCCCCCGGCCCCAUUGGGCUCCAGGGUUUGCCGGGUCCAGCCGGUGAGAAGGGUGAAACGGGUGACGUGGGCCCCAUGGGUCCGCCCGGCCCCCCAGGGCCCCGUGGCCCAGCUGGACCCUCUGGAGCUGACGGACCCCAGGGACCCCCUGGAGGCGUUGGGAACCUGGGCCCUCCUGGUGAGAAGGGGGACCCCGGUGAAUCGGGGGCCCCGGGAAUCCAAGGGGAGCCAGGAGUCAAGGGCCCGCGAGGAGAGCGAGGGGAGAAGGGAGAAGCCGGAGCUGCCGGCGCUGCUGGGCCGCCUGGAGGGAAAGGGCCCCCGGGCGACGACGGGCCCAAGGGCAACCCCGGUCCCGUUGGCUUUCCAGGCGAUCCCGGACCCCCAGGUGAAAUGGGCCCCAGGGGCCAGGAUGGCGCCAAGGGCGAGCGUGGGGAGGACGGCGAGCCUGGGGAGCCGGGCUCACCGGGUCCGACAGGCGAGAACGGUCCUCCCGGUCCCCUGGGGAAGAGGGGCCCAGCCGGCUCCCCCGGCCCCGAGGGGCGCCAGGGCGAGAAGGGUGCGAAGGGAGAACCGGGCGCAGUGGGUGCUCCUGGCAAGACGGGUCCCGUGGGUCCCCAGGGCCUUGCUGGGAAGCAGGGCCCCGACGGUCUCAGAGGUCUGCCCGGCUCGGUGGGAGAACAAGGCAAACCGGGGACCACAGGCCAGGCUGGGCCGCCAGGACCAGUGGGUCCCCCGGGUCUCCCCGGCCUCAAAGGUGACACUGGUGCCAAAGGAGAGAAGGGCCACCCCGGUCUCAUCGGCCUGAUCGGACCCCCAGGGGAGCAGGGGGAGAAGGGAGACCGAGGUCUCCCCGGCCCCCAGGGCUCCACGGGGCAGAAAGGAGAAACCGGGAUCCCUGGUGCUACUGGACCCAUCGGCCCCGCUGGCCCCCCCGGACUUCCCGGCCCAGCUGGUCCCAAAGGUGCCAAGGGAGCCAUGGGCCAAGCAGGACCCAAAGGUGAACGUGGACCCCCGGGACCCCCCGGACACCCGGGCCCCCCUGGGGAGGUGAUCCAGCCCCUGCCGAUCCAGCUGCCUAAGAAAAGCAAGCGCUCCAUCGAUGCCAGCAAGCUGGUGGAGGAGGGCGAGGACGGAGAGAAAGUGGCCGCCGACCAAGCGGCUCGUGACUACGCUGACGGCAUGGAGGAGAUCUUCGGCUCCCUCAACUCCCUCAAGCAGGAGAUCGAGGGGCUGCGGCGCCCGAUGGGCACCCGGGACAACCCUGCCCGCACCUGCCAGGACCUGCAGCUCAGCCACCCGGGCCUGCCUGACGGCGAGUACUGGAUUGACCCCAACCAGGGCUGCGCCCGAGACUCUUUCAAGGUUUACUGCAACUUCACGGCAGGCGGGGAGACCUGCGUCUUUCCCAGCAAGGACGUACAGGAGGUGAAGAUGUCGGCGUGGGAGGAGGAGGUGCCCCAACGGUGGUUCAGUCAGUUCCAGGAGGGCAGCAGGUUCUCCUACACGGAUUCGGAGAGCCAGCCCCUCGGCGUGGUGCAGCUGACCUUCUUACGGCUCCUCAGCAUCUCUGCCCGCCAGAACUUCACCUACCACUGCCACCGCUCGGUGGCCUGGCACAGCACCAUCUCCGGGGACCACCAGCGUGCCCUCCGCUUCUUGGCUGCCAACGAGGACGAACUCAGCUACGACACCAGCCCCUACGUCAAAGCUGUGACGGACGGCUGCGCGACACGAAAGGGCUCCAGCCGGACGGUGCUAGAGGUGAGCACGCCCCGCCUGGAGCAGCUCCCGCUGCUGGACGUGCGCGUUGUGGACUUCGGCGAACCCGGCCAGAGGUUCGGGUUCGAGGUGGGCCCAGUCUGUUUCCUCGGCUAG